AUGCAGAAACCAGUUUAAACUCACAUUCUUAAACAAAAAAGUACCACAUUCCCAUUUAUUAACCUCCCUUUAGCAACUGUCGACGGCUCACCAGACGGGAAAAAUAAAGUAAAGGGCAUGCAAUCUCCAACAAAUCAAGCUCAAGGAAAUGGAAUCAGACAAAAUUACCAAAUGGACAGUGAUAAAAAUAAUAAAGAUUAUCAAUAGUCAAGAAGAUAAAAGUCAUAAAGCGAGAGAGAAAAGUAGGAUGAAAUGAAUAGAAGCAGAAGAAGUUCAAAAUCGCGCCCUAAUGAGGAAGAAUUGCCAGAAAGUUAUGCAGAUCUAGCCAAAAGAGUUUAUAAAAUGGCUGAACUUGAAGGCUGGCCACAGUCUAAAGUGUUCGAACUUCUCAAGGAUCCAAUGAAGCUAGUCAAAACAAUGGAGCAUCGUUAAGUCAGAGGGUUCGAAAAGCCACUUGAACCAGUAGUCUAGAGACUCGUUGAAGACUAGAAAUAAAGAGAAGAUAAGAGAAGAUAGCUCCUUGACCAGUAGAAAAAGACCGAAGAGGAGAAUGUUUAAAAAUCUAUGAUGUCUUCCAAAAUGGUAGUAAAAAGUAGGACCCAUGAGGAAUUUAUGGCAGAUUAGAUUAAAUUUGAAUAACAAAGAUUUGAAAAGCUGAAAUAAGUAAUAGAAAAGGAAGAAGAAGAGAGCUCAGUUAUGUACAAGCCUUAAUUAUCAAAGAAAUCACAAGAGCUGGCUCACAAAAAAUUAGGUGCUGCUCCAGUGAUUCAUGAAAGAUUAUACUAAUCUAUUAAAGAAUCAACCAUCAGGCCAUCAGACGAUUAAUCCUUCGUACCUCAAAUCAAUGCAAAGUCCAAGAAAAUACACAGAGACUAAAAAAUUGAAGAAGUGUUGUUAGAUGAUGCACUGAGAAGAACUUAAAAGAAAAUUUAAAAUGAAAAAUAAAGAAAUGAUUUACAAACUGAAGAAAAUAAGAAAUAGACUAUCUAAUCUAAGAAGUCCCAGCAAAUGGUGUUAAACAGGUUUCUAUAAGAUUUUACUGCUUGCGCCUAACAUCAUGAAUUCUAGGAGGGCUAAUAAUUCAUGAUAGACUAUUUGCAAUUUGAGAAUUUCGCAAGGGAUCUUGGGUUUUGUAAUGAUAAAAGUGCAUCUAAGUAAUUACUAAGUGAGAUGUGGAUAGCCUUGAGAGAGAUCCUUGAUGGCGAUAAUGAGGAUGAUCUAUAAAGUGGCCAUAUCAAUAUUGAUGAUAUGAAAGUAUUCCUUUGUGCAGUGUUAAACUUCAAUCUUCCAUUCAUGAAAAAUCAGCAGUUAGAUGAAUUAGAAGAUAGACCUAAAGUUAAUCCAAAAAGACUAGGACAAAGAAUUGAGGGGAAAUUUGUAGUGACUGAUGAGGAGAUACUAUACAUGACAAAAUACUAUGUGCUUUUACAUGCAAGUCGCUAAGACUAUUUGAUGAACAAUAAGAAAUAAUCUCAUCUAUCUAGAAUAGUCGAAUCACAGCUUUAAUCUGAUUUUAAACCAGCAACUAAUGCAAAAUCAAGGAAAUUUAUUGAAAAGAAAAACCCUAAAGAUGAGAUGGGAGAUCUAUCAUAUCAUGAUUAUCUUAUCUAGAGAGGAAGGCAAUACAAGGAAAAGCAUUCUUAGUUAGCCUCUGUUAAGGAUGGCCAAGCUACAGACGGAUGUACCUUCAAGCCAAGUAUUUUGAAGAAAAAAUUAGGAAGUACUCAAAAACCAUCUGAAAUUGAAAGACUAAACGAUGCUACUAAUAAAUGGUAAGAGCUAUAUCUGCAAGCUGACAAGAAAAAAACAAAGGAUAAAUAAGAUAAAGCAUUUGAUGAGAUACUUAUAGACAAGAAUCCUGAGGAAUAUACUUUCCAGCCAAAUGCUGGAAAAAAGAAAAAGGCUCUUGCUGAAAGAAGAAAUUUAUCUCCAAGUAAUUCAAACUAAGGGCGACAAUAAGAAAAUCUCUCAAAGAUUCAGUAAACCACUUAGAGAAAUUAAUCUCAGCCUCCUGCUCAAAUUAGAGGCUUAUAAUAGCAAACUAUCAAGACUCAGUAAUAUAGUUCUUCCACUACCACAACAACAACAAUAAGCUAGACUGUAGCAGUAAAGUAAACUAUCAGUUCAAAGAAAAAUCAAUAUUUUGAGGAUCAAGAUCAUGAACAUGGUGAAGAGCCACUUUUAUAUGUUGAUGUCAACCUUGGGAAAGAAAAAACUAGAAUAGCCUUGUACCAGAGAUCUAACCCAGAGUUGGUAGCUCAGAGAUUCUUAGUUGAGCACGGAUUGGACAGCAAUAUAUUGGACAACUUGACAAAUCUACUCAGAGAACAAUUAUAAAAUGCACUAACUAACAUUGAUGAGGAAGAUGCAAGUGAUGAUGCUAACAACUGA